AUGCUGCGACGCAGUUCAUGCAACGACGCAGUUCAUGCAACGACGCAGUUCAUGCAACGACGCAGUUCAUGCAACGACGCAGUUCAUGCAGCGACGCAGUUCAUGCAACGACGCAGUUCAUGCAGCGACGCAGUUCAUGCAGCGACGCAGUUCAUGCAACGACGCAGUUCGUGCUGCGACGCAGUUCGUGCUGCGAUGCAGUUAGUGCAGCGACGCAGUUCGUGCUGCGACGCAGUUCGUGCUGCGACGCAGUUCGUGCUGCGACGCAGUUCGUGCUGCGAUGCAGUUAGUGCAGCGACGCAGUUAGUGCUGCGACGCAGUCUGUGCAGCGACGCAGUUCGUGCUGCGACGCAGUUCGUGCUGCGACGCAGUUCGUGCAGCGACGCAGUUCGUGCUGCGACGCAGUUAGUGCAGCGACGCAGUUCGUGCAGCGACGCAGUUCGUGCUGCAGUUCGUGCAGCGACGCAGUUCGUGCAGCGACGCAGUUCGUGCUGCAUAAUACUCGAUCCAAAGUUUGUUCUCCGUAACUUCGGCGCAGCAGGAGCGGACACAGACUCUGAGAGCAUCAUGUCUGCAGCUGCCGUGGACCAGGCCCACAAACCUUUGGAUGGAGGCUGGGGAUGGAUGGUGGUCCUUGGGGCCCACAUUUCCAUAGGAUUUGCUUACGCGACUCCAAAGGCUCUUUCCAUCUUCUUCAAAGAGAUCCAGAAAGACUUGAUGUGCAGCUACAGUGAUAUCGCCUUGAUCUCCUCCAUAAUGUUAGCAGCGAUGUACGCUGGAGGACCCGUGAGCAGUGCCUUGGUCAGUCGGUUUGGCAGCCGGCCCGUGGUCAUGCUCGGGGGAGUGAUGUGCGGCCUGUCCAUGGUCACCGCUGCUUUUGGGAGCUCCAUAGUUUACCUUUACCUGUGCAUUGGUGUAGUCGGAGGUUGUGGCCUCGCCUUAAACUUGAACGCAUCCCUCACCAUCAUCAGCAAGUAUUUUCUCCUCCGACGUCCUUUGGCCAACGGACUCGCGAUGGCAGGAAGCCCGGUGUUUCUGUGCUUCCUUGCUCCUCUAAACCAGUUCCUGUUGGAGAGAUUUGGCUGGAGAGGCAGUCUGCUCAUUCUGGGGGCCCUGAUGCUCCACUGCUGUGUCGCCGGGGCCCUCAUGAGACCUGUGCAGCAGCUUUCUCAAACUCCGAACAAACUAGAACCCAACGGAGGAACAAGCAUCAAAGACGGCUGUGUGCAAAACUUCAAGAAGUUUUUAGAUUUGUCCUUUUUUAAAGACCUAGGCUUUGUCAUUUACCUCAUCGGAAACGUCAUGUUCAUCUUUGGAGCUUACGCACCCAUCCUGUUUCUGUCGGCCUACGCCAUCAGCCAGGGCGUGGACGAGUACUCUGCGGCCUACCUGCUCUCCAUCAUGGGCUUUGUGGACAUGUUCGUUCGUCCAGGCACAGGGCUGAUUGCCAACUGUAAGUGGGUCCGGCCUAGAGUCCAGUACUUCUUCAGCUUGGCCAUGGUGUUCUGCGGCGUCUGUCACCUGCUGUGCCCGCUGAUCACCAGUUACCCGUUACUUGUGGUUUAUGCCAUUUUCUUUGGGGUGGGCUUCGGGAUGGUUUUUGCUCUAAUCUUUGAGUGUCUGAUGGACUUGAUGGGAAACCAGCGCUUCCCGAGUGCCGUGGGACUGGUCACGAUCAUCGAAUGCCUUCCCAUGUUACUGGGACCACCUGCAGCAGGAUUACUGGUGGACGUCUACGGAGAUUACAAAUAUCUUUUCUUGAUGUGUGGAGGAGUCAUUGUAGCGGGAGGAGUGUUUCUCUUCAUAAUGAACACGUACCGGUACCACACGCUGAGAACCCUGCGCACGGACCUGAAACCGGCCAAAGGCCAGAACUCCGUGGAUCAGGGACAAGAACCGGUCUCAGAGGCAGAAACGGGGCUUGAGACCGACCCGAGCCAGACUCCAGCGUCACCGAGUCGAGCUGCAAAUGUUUAA